UCAAAAUGCAACGGUAAAUUUGAAGACACAACUCCGGGUUCAUGCACUGACUUUCAAUAAAAAACAAACAAAAAAAACUAUUGACUUUUAACCAUACUGACUUCAAAUCCAGGCAUGGUUUUCCCAUCACCGACUUGCAUUUAAUCCGAAACUGUGAGGUUUUGUUUAAAUACGAAGCCGCUUUCCCUCCCUCUUUUAGAAUUAGCAGCUCUGCCCAAGCAGUCGAUGGCUGCUUGUCCUUUUCCCUCUUCAUUCUCCUCCUCCGGCGACGGCGAUGCUUUUCCCGCCGUCGGAGGGGCAGGGAAUGCCGUCCCUCCCUUUCUCUCCCGCCGCCGCUUGUCUUGGGAGAUGUCGAUCUUCGUGUCGGCCCUGACACAUGUGGUGUCCGGGGAGUCCGCCGCCGUCUCUUCCUCUUCUUCUUCUUUGCUGAGAACUCGCCCUGACUGCGGAGCAUAUUACGAACGGAGAGUCUCGUGGACACCUCGAUCUCAGGCUCCAACAGAAGCCACGGAACCGCCUUCCCCUCCUUCCGCCCCGAGGAAGUACCGCGGCGUCCGGCAGCGGCCGUGGGGCAAAUGGGCGGCGGAGAUCCGCGACCCGCACAAGGCGUCCAGAGUGUGGCUGGGGACCUUCGGGAAGGCGGAGGACGCGGCGCGGGCCUACGACGCGGCUGCCCUCCACUUCAGGGGAAGCAGAGCCAAGCUCAACUUCCCUGAGAGUGCACGUCUUCGCCGGCACACGUCCUCUGUUUCUAGCCCGAUCGCGGCGGCGGCCGAUCUAACAGAUUACAUUGAGUACUCGAGGUUGCUGCAGGGCAGUGGGGAGGACUACCCGAGUCUUCCUCCGGAGACCGUCUCUGAUACCUCGGAGAUGACGGCGGCGGCGGCGGCGGCGGACGAGGGUUCUUCCAUAGCUUCUCAUUCACUGCAAAACUAGUCUGUUUCUUCUUCCUCUGCUUCAGCGACUUCUUCCGCUCAUCCUCUGUCCAGUUGGGCUUCGACGGAUUACCAGCGAUUUCCUCCGGCUUAAAAUUGCUUUCUUUUCAUUAUUAUCGCUGUUCGAACGUGCCAAGGAAAGAGAUUUCGCAGUUUUGGUUGACUAAUUGUCAUGGGUCAUGGUCGACCAAAGAUGGCAAAGUUGACCGGACUGUUCAGUUCAGGAAGGAGUAGAGCCAAAAAUGAUCAAGUGGGCAAAUUGCAUGCGCUAAUUAAUGGGUAGCAAAUCUCUUAAGGGAUCUUGUUUCUAUUGUCAAAGAUAUGGAGCAAGAUUCACAGGACAGAAACGGGAAGAUACAAUGCAUAUGAGAAUCCAUCUUCUGUGCAAUAUUAGUUUGGCUGUAAACAAGGGGCACUUCUAUUUUGUUAUUAUUAUUGAUAAUUUAAGUA